AUGUUCUCGAACAUUGUUGCUACUGGAGAGUAUACAUGGGCACCAUCGUCUGGAGUCCUCUGUGAUGAUAAUGUUGGUAUUGAUGAGGAUCCAAAUACCAAUGAGGAACAACCUGAUUUGGAAGAAGGAAGCGGUGAUUCAAAAGAGGAUGGAAUUCCAAAUUUCACCGAUGAUGUUUGUAACAUGGUUAGAGGGGUUAAUAUGUCCAGUAGUAGCAACACACGCAGCAGUGGGAAGAGAAAAGAAAGAGAAUAUAGGAAAAGGUGUAGUAUUCCUGAGGUUAUGAGUGAGCUUCACUCAAUUGAAGGAGUUAAUAUCGGAGAUGAUUUUCAUGGGUUUGCUACUGAGUUUUUAGGUUUGAGAAGGAAUAGGGAAAUAUGGUCAACUAUGGAUCGUGUUGUUGAUCACAUUAAUUAUCAUGAUGGUGAUCACAAUGGUGGCUCAAGAGGGGAUGAUGAUGAUAGGGAAAAUGACGACGACGACAACGAUGAUGAUAGUGAUGAGGAUGAUGAAUCAUUUUGGAGAUGA